AUGGGAGACCAACCUCUGAAUGGCCCUCAUCCUUUGUUGGAGAUCGCAUGUUUCGAUGAGCAUUCAGCGAUACUCGCUGCAAGCGCGGGGGCUGAUCGUAUAGAGCUAUGCAAAGACUAUGACUCCGGGGGCCUUUCUCCGGACACUGCUGUUCUUGAGAAUUUGAAGGCCAAAUUGACCAUUCCGGUUUACGUCAUGAUUCGGCCUCACGCUGACACAUUUUGCUAUCAAGAUUCAGACUUUGAGACAAUGAAGGAAACUCUCGUCGAUCUAAAAUCGCGCGGAGCCGAUGGCUUCGUAUUCGGAAUUCUGAUGCCAUACAGGCAGGGCACGGAUCAAUCGCCUUCUCCCCGGGUUGACGUACCCCGGAACAAGGAGCUUGUUCAAUUGGCGGGAGGCCUUCCCUGCACAUUCCAUCGCGCAUUUGAUCUCAUCUCUGAGUCUGAAUGGCAAGGUGCCUUGAGAGACAUCAUGGACUGUGGAUUCGCAUCAAUACUGACCAACGGUGGUCCAUCUGGAACCAGCGCAAUUGAUUGUGUGGAUAAGCUGGCCUUUUUGGUCAGCUGGAAAGAUGAUCAAGUUGCAAGAUCUCAGCCUGUGGACCAGAUCAUCCCAAAAAUAAUUGUUGGGGGUGGUGUCAGGGCAUCAAACAUGUCGCGGCUUCGUAAGGGUACCUCUGCGUCAGUCUUUCACUCAGCCGCUCUAUCAACUGGAGUUGAAGGCAUAUCAACAGCUGAGGUGAUGGGGAUGAAACAUCACCUGUCUGCGCAAGCGGUGUUUGAAUGA